AUGCCAAAAAUAAAUGAAAAUGGCUCUACUAGCGUGGCUGGAGGAGUAAGAAUUGAUUAUAAGGAAGAACAUAAUCAUAGAAAUAGCAAUAUUUUCAUCAAUGAUGGUGGUAUCGAGAUAACGGCUAUGAAAUAUAAUAUAGAAACUGUUCAUGGUUACGCUACUGGAAUAGAAGAAAGCGAAGGGUUUAUGAUAGAGGGCGGGGCUCAUAUACGAAAAGUUUCAGUAGGAAUUGGAAAUGAACGCGAAGAUGUAACAUUAUUGGGAACCAAGGACACUCUCGAAAAAUCAGAUGCUGAAAAAUUAAAAUCAGGGGAAGAAAAAAGAAUAAUGGUCACUACAAAUGGUUCCCAAGAACAAUCAGAAAAUAAGCACCAACAUCAUUUAUUUAAUAGCAAGGAGGAGGAACAAAAAGUAGAAGCUGUUCAAAAACAAGACAAAAAAAAUGAAUCAGAGUCAGAACUUUUAUUUUCCGAGGAAAAGACAGAUCAAAUUCAAAUCCCACCUAAAG